CCCCCCGGGGGGGGUGUCGGUAGCGAGGGCGGAGCUGGCCGGCCACCGCCCUACCGGGGGACCCAGGACCGCUCCCAGCCCCCGCCUGUGGCCCCCCGCACCGCACAGUGCUCAUGCGCGCCGCCGGCCUUUAUAGCGGCCGCGGAGCCGCGCUUACCGCACUCGGGUGCAGCCGGGCGGAUCCCACGUCUUCGCAGACCCCCGCCAUGCCCGCGUCCUGGAUCCCUGCUCUCAGCCUCGGUGCGUGGCUGCUGCUGCUACUGCUGCCCCGGCUCGCGCGCGCCGAGGGAGCCGUUCCCAUUGCCAUCACCUGCUUCACCAGAGGCCUGGAUAUCCGGAAAGAGAAAGCAGAUGUUCUCUGCCCAGGAGGCUGUUCUCUCGAGGAAUUUUCUGUGUUCGGGAACAUAGUAUAUGCUUCGGUGUCCAGCAUAUGUGGGGCUGCUGUCCAUAGGGGAGUGAUUGACAGCUCCGGGGGACCUGUGCGUGUCUACAGCCUUCCUGGUCGAGAGAACUAUUCUUCUGUGGACGCGAAUGGCGUCCAGUCCCAGACGCUUUCCAGAUGGCCUUCUUCCUUCGCGGUGACCAAAGGAAAAAGCAGUUCCCAGGAAGCCACGGGACGGGCAGUGUCCACCGCCCAUCCGCCUGCAGGUAAACGACUCAAGAAAACGCCAGAGAAGAAGACUGGCAAUAAAGACUGUAAGGCAGACAUUGCAUUUCUGAUCGAUGGGAGCUUUAAUAUAGGCCAGCGCCGGUUCAAUUUGCAGAAGAACUUCGUUGGGAAAGUGGCGUUGAUGCUGGGAAUUGGGACCGAAGGACCACACGUGGGCCUCGUACAAGCCAGUGAACAUCCCAAAAUAGAAUUUUACCUGAAAAACUUUACUUCAGCCAAAGAUGUCUUGUUUGCCAUAAAAGAAGUAGGUUUCCGAGGGGGUAAUUCCAACACAGGAAAAGCCUUGAAGCACACUGCUCAGAAAUUCUUUACAGCAGACGCAGGGGUGAGAAAAGGGAUACCAAAAGUGGUGGUGGUGUUUAUUGAUGGCUGGCCUUCUGAUGACAUUGAGGAAGCAGGCAUUGUGGCCAGAGAGUUUGGUGUCAACGUAUUUAUAGUUUCUGUGGCCAAGCCCAUCCCUGAAGAACUGGGGAUGGUUCAGGAUGUUGCAUUUGUUGACAAGGCUGUGUGUCGGAACAAUGGCUUCUUCUCUUAUCACAUGCCCAACUGGUUUGGCACCACAAAAUACGUGAAGCCUCUGGUGCAGAAGCUCUGCACUCACGAGCAGAUGAUGUGCAGCAAGACCUGCUACAACUCAGUGAAUAUCGCCUUCCUAAUCGACGGUUCCAGCAGUGUAGGGGAUAGCAAUUUCCGUCUCAUGCUGGAAUUUGUUUCUAACAUAGCCAAGACAUUUGAAAUCUCAGACAUUGGAGCCAAGAUAGCGGCUGUCCAGUUCACUUAUGAUCAGCGCACAGAAUUCAGUUUCACUGACUAUAACACCAAAGAGAAUGUUCUAGCUGUCCUAGGAAACAUACGCUAUAUGAGUGGAGGAACAGCUACUGGUGAUGCCAUUUCCUUUACUGUUAGAAAUGUAUUUGGCCCCAUAAGGGACAGCCCCAACAAAAACUUCCUGGUGAUUGUCACAGAUGGGCAGUCCUACGAUGAUGUCCGAGGCCCCGCUGCAGCUGCUCACGACGCAGGUAUCACCAUCUUCUCUGUUGGUGUGGCUUGGGCACCUCUGGAUGACCUGAGAGAUAUGGCCUCUAAACCCAAGGAGUCACACGCUUUCUUUACCAGAGAGUUCACAGGAUUAGAACCAAUUGUCUCCGAUGUCAUUAGAGGCAUUUGUAGAGAUUUCUUAGAAUCCCAGCAAUAACUGUGAUACUCUGACAACUCAAAAGAAUAAGUACAUGAGGAUCUAAUAUGCAAACUGUAUUCUCAAUAUCUAAGUAACUUUAUAGCUUACCAGGAUCAGUAAAUAUGUCAACAGCAGUUUAAAGCAAAUGAGCUUUCAUUUGAAGCUCCAAAUUUAGAUUGGCCGAGGAUAAUCAGGGUCCUUAGAAACUCAGGAAAGAGAUGUCAUGGGUUUAAAUUGAAGAUUGCAAACAUGCAUACUCAAAGUGGCUAUGUAUGCUCCAGUCAGACACAGCACUGGUCCUUCCCUAAUCACUCUAUACUGACUGUGCAAGGAGAGCAGAACAACUUUUAAACAUAGAUCAACUGUAAUUUUGACCCAUGUGAAUGCUUUCUUAGAACCAGUCAACAGACAGCUGUUAUUUCAUGUACUAGUCUUCAUACACAUUAUAUGGAACAUGUAUCAAGCUUCUUUUGUAGUGUUUUCAUAACUAAUGGCUGAAAAUACCACACUGAGUAAAGAUAGGAUUGCCUGGUAUUUUUCUAUUUAUAUCCUUAAUUUUAUGUGUAUAGACAGGCAUGUACUCCAAGAACUGAGAAAAUGUUUAAGCACGGAAAGUUUUUGAAAAAUGUUUCAAGUAUUGUACCAGGAAAAAUACUUGGCAUAAUAGCUUGGAUGUCAACAAUAAAACUGGAAGUGACUAAGUGCCUAUUUAUUAACACUACUGUUUUUCUUCUAUGAUAAACAUUCUACUCCUGCUAAUGACCAAUCUGAAUUAAGUUGUAUAAUAUUUCAUUCAAUUACAUGCUGAACACCUAUUGUAGACUACCAGAUUUAACCACUAGGGCAUGUUUGAGUACCUGCUUCAAGAGAAACAUAAACAAUAUCUUUUUAACAACUUAACCAUAUUUGUGAAGUUGAUGUCAAGGAGAGUAUCAAAAACCCACUCAGCAUAGACUAGAGCCCACAGGGGCUCUCCCACAAGAAUCUACCAUUUCAUAUUGGCUACUUUCUCUAAGCUAGAUUCUGGCCUCUCCUGUCAACCUGUUGACUACCAUCUGACCUAGGAAAGGCACUGGCUGUAGACUCAUGACUUCCUGGAGUGUACCAAAUUUCAUAACCCAGACAGAGAGUAAGGAUUAUAUGUGAAGAGAUUGCCCCCAAAACGAUAUAAAGGCUUAAUAAAAAGAGCAUUCCUCCUCCCCUCAAAGGCUGCAAACAAUUCAUUGUGAACAAGGAGAAUCUUACCAUAAGAAAUAGGUUCAAUUUAACCUGACUUCCUAAAUUCUCUCCCUUGAGCAAAUGAAACCCCAGUUUCCAUUCAUUAGCUCUUUUACAAGUCUUAAUUCAACAAAGGACAAAACUUUGAAACAUCUCAGAUAACCAAAGACGCUAACAUUUAAUUGUCGAUUGAGAGGAAUUAAAAUUUUAAGAUACUAAGCAUUUCUGUAAGUAAACAAAAAUAACUAAGGAUAUACAAUAAUUACUUUUAAGACAAAGUAAUUUGUCGGCCUCAUCAAAAUCUUCUGCCUCAUCCUCUUCAAUUCUAAGCUUAUAGACACGCAGAGUUUACAAGCUUUA